AUGAAGUCGAUUGCAGGAGCUUUCCGCCGCGUCGGCCUGACCGCCUUCGCCGUCGCCGCAGCCUUGUCCUCCCUGGUCAACGCCGAGAUCGAGGUCCGAUCUCUGGAAGAGCGUGCUGCUUCUGGCAACCGUCUGGUCUUUGCCCAUUUCAUGAUCGGCAUUGUUGGACAGCGUACCAGCGCCAGCGACUAUGAUGCUGAUAUGCAGCGUGCCAAGGCCUAUGGCAUUGACGCCUUUGCCUUGAACAUUGGCACUGACUCUUACACUGAUACUCAGCUCGGCUUUGCCUAUCAGUCUGCUGCCAACAAUGGCAUGAAGGUCUUCAUUUCCUUCGACUUUAGCUACUGGCAGACCUCCGACGGCACCGGUGUAGGCCAGAAGAUUGCUCAAUACGCUGGCCAGUCUGCCCAGCUCCAAGUCAAUGGCCGACCCUUUGCCUCGUCCUUCAUUGGCGACGGAGUCGAUGUUAAUGCUAUCCGCUCCGGUGCCGGCUCCAACGUCUACUUUGUUCCCAACUUCCACCCCAACACCGAUACUUCUACCAUUGACGGCGCUCUGAGCUGGGGUGCUUGGGACAGCAAUGGCAACAACCGAGCUCCUUCCAACGGCGUCAACGUCACUGUUGCUGAAAACGAUGCUGCUUAUGAGAGCUGGCUUAACGGAAAGACCUACCUCGCUCCUGUCGCUCCCUGGUUCAACACCCACUUCUCGAGCAAGAACUGGGUCUUCCCCUCUGGUGAUCUUCUCUUCACUCGCUGGAACGAGGUCAUUCAGCAGGGCUUCCCCAUGGUCGAGAUUGUCACUUGGAACGAUUACGGCGAGUCCCACUACGUUGGACCUCUUAGUUCCGAACACUCUGACGACGGCAGCUCAAAGUGGGCCAAUGACAUGCCUCACGAUGGCUGGCUGGAUCUCUCCAAGCCUUUCAUCGCCGCUUACAAGAACGGUGAUACCAACGUCGCCAACUACAUCACCCAGGAUCAGGUCAUUUACUGGUACCGCCGAAACUUGAACAGCCUCAACUGCGACUCUACCGAUUCCCUGGGCCGUCCUGACGGUUACCAGACUUUGAGUGAUACCGUCUACGUUGUUACCCUUCUCAAGUCUGCCGGUUCCAUCACCAUCAAGUCUGGUAGCAACUCCCAGACUUUCAACGCCGGUGCAGGCGCCAACAUCUUCACCGUGAACGCUGCCCUUGGUCAGCAGACUUUCACCCUGACCCGUAACGGCGCCAGCGUGUUGUCUGGAACCUCGCUGAUGGACAUCACUGCUGUCUGCACUUGCGGUCUUUACAACUUCAACGCCUAUGUCGGCACUCUCCCUGCUGGCGCCUCUGACCCCCUCCCUCCGGAUGGUCUCGCUCAGUUGACCGCCGGACUGCAGGUCACGACUUGCAAGCCUACGCCUUCUCUGGGAACAAACCCGCCCACAAGCACCGUUAACAACGGUGGUGGUGGCAGCUCUCCCACUCCUACCAACUGCAAUGCCGGAACUGUGGCUGACGGCGAGUCUGGAAACUUCACUGGCCUGUGCCAAUUUGCUUGCUCGUUCGGAUACUGCCCGCCCGGCCCUUGUGUCUGCACCGGCUUUGGCCCCUCAACGCCACCAGCGACGAAUGGCCGCAACGGCUGCCCUGUCGCUGGCGAGCCCUCAGCCUACGACGGUCUUUGCAGCUUCACCUGCAACCACGGUUACUGCCCUGAGGGAGCUUGCGAGUACUGUUAA